AUGCAGCUGGCCGUCGACCUGCUACGAAACUGCCGGGAAAACCAUGCGCGGUGCCAAGGGCAGGGUCCCCUGCCCAAACGUGUGAUUUUUGUGGGCUCACCUGAAGACGAACACCCACGACUACACAAAUCCAACGGAGAAGAAGCACACUAUGCCGCCCUAAGUCACUGUUGGGGGGACAAGUUUGCUGCUGUGAGGACCAUCAAGAGCACCAUUUCCACCGAGAGUCUCCGCACGAAAUCCAUCUCUCUGGAUUCUCUACCGCAGACGUUCCGUGACGCCAUUGUUAUCACUCGCAGGCUCGGGCUGAGGUACCUGUGGAUCGACUCGCUUUGCAUCUUGCAAGAUUGUGAAGAAGACUGGCAUUGCCACUCGGAAAGCAUGCGAGACAUCUACAUGGGAGCAACAGUAACCAUUUCCGCUGACAAAGCGACCAACUGCUUUGGUGGAAUAUUCGAGUCCUCGAACAAUGGUCGAACCGGGCGAGUGGUCAUUAACCCCCGUGGGUCCAAAAAUCCAAUCUAUGUCCGUCCCACCCAGCUCUCAAUCUACAAGUUCCAGAACGCGACCGGAUCCCAAGGCCAGAAGUUCAUGCAUCAUGCCCCAAUAUCCGAUCCUCUUUUCCGUCGGGCGUGGUCCUUACAAGAAUGGAUUCUCAGUCGACGGUUACUGCGGUUCGGUAGUGGAGGGCUGACCUGGGAAUGUGAGCACGAGGUUCGGUGUGAGUGCCACCCCGGCCGUUCCCAGCCGUGCUUCCCUCCACGUUUACACGAACCUCAACAGGAAAAGCGCAUAUCCGAGCUCAGCAGGUAUGACAACCGUAACAAUCUGCUUGGCAACUGGCUGGCCCUUAUCGAGCACUACUCCGGUCGUGAAGUCACCGUUGGUGGAGAUCGUCUGCCAGCGCUCGCCGGGCUUGCAGCUGCGGCCGCUCCCUUCGCACAGGAGAUAUACCUGUAUGGCCAUUGGAAGGGUCUCCGCUUCCAUGAAUCACUGCUUUGGAAGUCACACCGGACAUGUGCUAGCCUCAAGCCUGUCCAUACAAGAACUGUGGAGAGCCGCCAUGCUCCGACUUGGUCGUGGCCGUCCAUCACUGGCCAAGUCACGACAAGCUCGAACCCUUGCAUUCGUUCCGACUUUCGAGUCCUUGAGACACACGGCUACCCGGCUACGCUCAGUCCUUCUGAUACGCUCAACUCAGAGGCUUAUAUCCUAGCAGCUGGAUCGACCAUGGAACUUCAGAUUUGGAAACACGAGGACCCGCGACACGACCUCUUCGAAGGAGAUCGGUACAAGUCCGAUCUCUCCCGCAGAGUUUUUGCUUCGCCACUCGGGCGAGUUCAAGGGCAAACUUUUGAGCUCGCCCUCACGGUCGAUGUGGACGCACCAGGACUAGAGGUCGCACAGGGGAAUGUCCUAACGUUUCUCCUUGCUGCGAAGCGUACUGGGCUCGUGCUGAGGAAGAGGCUCCUGGGAGGUGAGGCAGCUGGCUACAGAUACGAGAGAGUCGCUUUGUUUGAGAUUCUCGACGAGGGAAACCGCCUACAAUGGGAGUCCAGGGCUAUCAGGAAAUCUCUCAUGAUCGUUUGA